AUGGAUCAGAAAAGCGAUGGUUUGCAAGUGGAGCGUGAAAUCAACGUGUGCAUCGCUGCCAAGGACUGGAAAAAAGUGAUCGAUUUCGGCCAGGAGGCACCGUUCGAAGAACGAGUCAAGUUUCUAUGGGUUUGGCCGUUGCAAGAGGAUCUCGAAAGGAUACGAAUCUGUUUCGAACGGUUGGCUAUAAGUCGAGUGCUCAGCAUUGGCUGCGGGACAGGUUUGCUGGAGUGGCUGAUAAGUCGUGCGACCGGUAUCCACAUUGCCGGUGUCGAAAAAGACGAAAAUUGGUGGAGAUCCAAGCAUGCUACGACAACGUACAUUCCGAUGCAGUUUGCGGAAGCGUUGAACGAUGCUCACCAAGGCCAACAGCAGCGGUGGCAUGCUUUGAUGUUUUGCUAUUUCAACGAUGGAUGUGCGUUUCGUGAGUACGUGCAAAAUUUUAAUGGGUGCUAUGUGAUCGUUAUCGGGCCUAGAGAUGGGAAAGGAAUUCAUACCGAUCCGAUGCCGUUCCAUGUAAACUUCCCCGCCGAGCAACGCUGGGAUUGGGUUUGCCAGUUCCGAAUCGGAAAUGAAAAUCGAAAUCAUGUUGUAAUUUAUCAGAGGCAGUGACAUAAUAAAGAAAGCAAAUA